CACUUGAUAAAUGCUUUUUAAAAUUUAGUAUUUUGGAAAAUUUUAUUCUUUUUUUUUUAAAUCCUCCAAUAGCAUUGUGCUUGAUUUGUCUAAGAUUGCACUCAAUUUGCACAGGUCGUUUGCGGGGAAGCAGAAGGGAUUGAGAUUAGUGCCAAGUCAUGGAAGGCGAGGAGGGAAAAGGAGGACUCGCUUAGAUGCGACGAUGCCGUUUGUGCUCAGUGGACCAAUAGUGGGGCGGAAAGAAACUGAACGCGUGCACGAGAGUGGUCAAGAGCAAACAAAAACCGGAGAAAUUGAGCUGAAUUGGGUUUAGUAUCAUUUCUUUUAAGCGAGCACUUGAAAUUGAGCCCUGCAGAAUAGAGUCGAUUGCUGACAAACGCAGGGAUUUAGAUUGUCUAUUUUAUUUGAGAAAUUGCCAGUGAUAAGCACGCAUAUUCCUGGAUAUGAAUCCUAGGUCAUUGCGAACGUUGGUUAUGGGAACUGGAGUCGUCUUGGGUGGGAUUGUCACUCUCAACCUGGCUUCUACUGUUACUCUUAAGACCCUUCAUCUUGUAUCUGAGAAGAAACGGAAAAAGGUUGCAUUGCCAUGCAUGGCUUGUAGAGGGAAGGGGUUUUACAUAUGCAAGUUGUGCAAAGGAAAUUCCACCAUAGAAUGGUCGCCUUUGUAUGACCCUAUUGCCAUUAAUCCUUGCCUCUGUCCUACUUGCGAGGGAAACAGGGUCCAACGCUGUCUAAACUGUCUGGGAAAGGGCUAUGAUUGACCUGUUGAGAUAUGCAUAUACUGCAUUUUUUAUAUUCCAGUGAACUGUGAUUCUCUAAUGUUUCCCUUUAAGGAUUAAGGAAGCACCGAACCCCGAUGUUGGGCAACCUUCAUAAUGCACCAAAUACUUUACGUUAGAUAAUUUCAAGGAGGAAGAUGUUCGCACUGUUGUCUUCAGCAUUAUUGUACUGUCAUGAAUGAACGUAUUUCCGUUUAUGAUUUAUGCAAUUGAUAUCCUGAAAUUAUGGCUUAUUAGAACUAGCUCAAUCUCCAUCUCCUACUUUAAUUCAACAUGGUCAAUACUCAA